AUGGUGGCUCAGCAGAAAAUAAAGGAUAGUUCUGUUGAAGCCACUGAUGGAUCGGUAAAGCCUGGAUCUCCUAAAUCUCGGUUGGCAAUGCUAAAAAGAUCCAACAAACAAAAAAGUAAGUCUUAUGUUGCUUUAUGUCUUCGGAAUUUAUUCAAAAAAAAUUGUUUUUAAUCUUCUUUUCUCUUAAUCCGUGUUUUGUUAACUAGAAGGGAGGUUUGUCCAUUUUUAGUAAGGACAAUCAAUAAUGCGAAUGUUUAUCGUUAUUUUAGUGGUAAUUAGGCCAUUUAAUUGUUCCCAAUGGAAGGUCCGCCGAUGAAAUGCGUCUCAAAUGUCAUGUUUCAGAUGCCGCUAACAACGAUCCAUUCCGAUUUCAAGGGAACGGCGUUGACUUCAAAGGAAAAUUGAUUGGCGAACGGGAUGUCGCCGAAGCCAGAGGAGACGCGAUGUGCGCUGAGGCCAUGAGGGCGGCUAAACUGGCGGUGAAACAAGCCGGUUCGCACAAACAAAGGAUUAUCCUGAACAUUUCCAUCGAUGGCCUCAAGAUUAAGGACGAGAAGAGUGGAGUGAGUUCAUCAUUGUUUGAUUAUUUUAUUGUUUAGGCCAUCUUGUACAACUUCCCCGUGUCCAAGAUCUCGUUCAUUGCUCGAGACACCACCGAUGCUCGAGCUUUUGGGUUUAUCUUUGGUAAUGCCGAAGGAAAGUACAAGUUCUACGGGAUCAAGACCGCUCAGACGGCGGACAAUGCCGUUCUCUCAAUCCGCGAUAUGUUUCAAGUGGUAUUCGAAAUGAAAAAGAAACAGAUCCAGGAAAUGAAACAGAAAAAGGAAGAAGAAGCAGCCGAGGUAGGUUCGGAAUCCAUGGAUUUGUAGGAAAGAAUGCAUAACAUUUAGAGCAUGACAUUUAUGAAUUGUUUUUAUAGAAUAUGAAGAAAGAAACCAACUACCGUAUCGAAGAUGGCGUACCCUGUGCCGAUCUCCUCGACUUGGAAAGCGAACUUCAAGUAAUCGAACAGGGUUGUAACCAACUCCAGAACAUUCCGUCAAUGCCCGAGGACUCGGUAGAUCCCUUUGGCGAUUCCUUUGCCCCUCAACCCCCAAGUCAACCCCUAUUCAAUGCAAGUCAGCCUUUCAACGGAGAUGCCUUCUGGGGUUCUCCAAACGCUUUCAAUCCUGCACCUCAGACAUAUCAACAGCCUCCACUUCAGCAGCAGCCUUUCCACGUCUUCCCUGUAAGUUGAUCAUCCUUUUUUUGACAGUCGAUGUUUAGGAAAGAGGAUUCAAAUCUCUAUAUAAACCUUAUUUCAGGGCACUAAUCCAUUUGCCAACAAUGCAGCACCAUCUCUCAAUGCCCCAGAUCCAUUUGACACUCAGAGUGCACAGCGGGUAAUUAGUGCCAUCAAUACUACCCAAUCUUAUGGUCUACCACAGCCUCCGCAACGUCAACCUCCAGCUCUGGAUGUGAGUAAUCAUGCAUUCUCGUCGAGGGCGAGCUCGACAAACGAGUCUAAUGGUCAGACCUCGCCUGAGAUCAACUGGGGCAUCUCCACUUCAUCUGCAUCAUCGUUCAAAGAAAACAGUGCACCGUCGUUCGAGGACAAAGGAUUCGACGAUUUGGCGAAGUGAGUGAACGUUUGAUUUAUUGGGUCUUGAAAUAGCUAAUCCCGUUUUUUUAUUUUGUAUUAAUUUUUUAGGCGAUCGAUUGACAACGGUCGCGUUACCACCUUGGAAGAGGCCUUUUCGAAACUAGUGGAUAUGGAAAAACUUGUGCCGACCCAAAAUCCGCCGCCAGAAACGAAGAAAAACCCCUUCGAACACAUAAUCAACCCUCCAAAACUUUCGCUCAAUUCUCUGAGUGGCCCAGCCCCCGCCUUCUCGGCUGUCCCCAACCAACCACAAUUAGUCCAAUCAACUGGUGGUCGGGAUCCCUUCAAUGACGACUUCUUCAACUGA